UCUAUAAUCUAGCAACAAUAAGUUAAAACAGAUGAGAUGAGAAUGAAUACACUUACUAAAUUCAUCUGAUUGGAGAGAGAGGUCAGUCUAAUAUGUUUGAUAUGAAAGUUCUUCAAGCAUCAACUCACUACCAGUAAUCUGAUUAAUUUAUUUUUUUAAAGUUUGAAGUCUGAGUAUGGGCUUGGUUUCUACAACAAACGUAUUUCCACUCCCAGUAACCAAACUUUGAGCUCCUAUGAAGUUGACCCAAGGGAACAAACCUUAACUCUUAUAAGUCAGAAAAGAGAAGCAGUGUUUCCAUUUCAGUUGCUCUCCUCUGAACAAAGCUUGUUGAAGUAGAAAAGACUUGUGAGCAGUGAAGCAAGUAGAUGGAUCUUUUCAAUCCAGCUCUUGAGGAAAACAUCACCUUUGUCCGUCCUGCAUAUUUUAUUAUAGCAGGUUUUAUUGGCAUUCCUAAUGUGAACUUCUACUUUGUCUUUCUGUUGUUUGUUUAUGUUCUUUCAGUGGUAGGAAAUGGAACUGUGCUGACUCUCAUAAUUAUGGAUCAUACUCUGAAAGGUCCGAAAUAUGUUGCAGUUUUCAGUCUUGCUCUAACUGACAUCUUAAGCAGUACAGCUUUUUUACCAAAAAUCAUUGACAUGUUCCUGUUUGAUCGUCGCUAUAUUUCGUACAAUGAAUGCUUGACCUUCAUGUUUUUUGGCUUCACACUACUUGCAAUGCAAUGUUUUAACCUGGUUGCACUGUCUUAUGAUAGACUGAUUGCCAUCAUGUACCCUCUGCACUACCAAGUGAAAGUAACCCAAAGGUUUAUGAUCAAUUUGAUCGCUUUUUUGUGGAUUUUUACCAUCACUAUUUUCCUCAUUGCUGUUGGCUUCAUCACGAGAUUGUCAUUCUGUAAGUCUGUGGUUAUUAACAGCUACUUCUGUGACCAUGGCCCUUUGUACAGACUUGGCUGUAAUGAUGUUUCCCCCAGCUUUGCAAUUGGUAUUUUGUUUACAGUUAUCAUGCUUUGGAUUCCUCUAGCAUUUAUCCUAGCAACUUACUGCUGUAUUGUUUAUGCUUUAUCAAAAAUUUCAACAGUGCAGGAACGAAGAAAGGCUUUUAAGACUUGCACAGGACAUCUUUCAUUAGUGACCAUUUAUUUUCUCCCCAUUACUCUUGUUUUUGGAAUCGGAAGCCAAAUGCAUCCUAAUGCCAGGAUCAUAAACUUGUCGCUGACUACUAUUAUUCCACCAAUGCUGAAUCCCAUCAUUUAUGUUUUUCAGACACAGGAAAUAAAACAAGCUUUGAACAAGUUCAUAAAGAAAACAAGGCGGUAAAAGAUUGGAUGGAAAGUUUUAAUCUAUCCAGCAGCCAAAUUGUAUGACUGCUGAGCAUAAAAACU